GUUUCAGAUUUUCUUUUUAAUUUUUAAUUUUUUUAUUAGCGUGACACCAUAUAUAGUUUCUACGUUUCAUUCAUCUUUUGAGAAAAUAGUUAAAGAUCCUUGAUUAUCCAUGAGAGCCAUUUGUCAUUUUGUUGGUAUUAACAAAAUGUCUCUGAGUGAUGUGGCACCAUAUAUAUAUAGUUGAUUUCCUUCAUUUGUGUUUGUCUAGUUGCCAUGAUUUCCCCUAAGAAGCUUAUUUUGCCGACUUUUUCAGCAUUAGGUCUCAUUACAGUUGCCAAGAGCGACAGAACAUUAUCACUGGAAAAGGAUGAAAAGGAGCUGGUGAGAUCACUCACCUCUAUCAAUAAACUUGCAAUCAAGAGCUUCCAGACUGAACAUGGUGAUAUAUUGGAUUGCAUUGACAUUAAUAAGCAGCUAGCUUUUGACCAUCCUCUGCUCAAGAACCAUACUAUUCAGUUAAUGCCUACAACAAUACCUAAAUGGAAUAUAAACUUGCAAUCAAGAGCUUCCAGGUAAGUUCUGUUUUUAUUUGUUCUCUUUGUAUUCUAGUUUGCGGUGGCUGAGUACAGACAUCAAGUUUUUGGAGCAAAGGUAAACUUUAGCAUUUGGGAACCAGAAGUUUCUCCCACUCAAUUCAGUUCUGCAAGUAUGCUUAUCGCCCAAGGCUCUACAGAACAGUUUCAAAGCAUUAGAGCUGGAUGGAUAGUGUACCAAUGGUUGAACCAGAAUCACAGUCGCUUGUACACCUAUUGGACUAUGGCUUUAUCAAGACAGGUUGCUACAAUAUCUUAUGUCCUGGCUUUGUACAAGUGAGCGCCAGAAUCCCAUUCGGCAUCCUUUUUGGACCAGUUUCGGUUUAUGAUGGCCCACAAUAUGAAGUAGGGAUCAGAAUCUAUAAGGAUGGCAACACAGGAGAUUGGUGGUUAGUGGUGUACGACGAAAAUGUUGGAUACUGGCCAAACUCAUUGUUCACAAAAGCAGGCUUAGGUCAUGGAGCUAGUUUGGUAGCGUAUGGAGGAGAAGUAUACAGUCCAGUGAAGGAGAAAAGCCCAAGCAUGGGAAGUGCGCAUUUUCCGAGUGAAGGUUACUUGAAGGCAGCCUAUGUGACUAAUUUUGAAGUGGUCGAAGGAAGCGUAGCUACGAAGCCCCUUUUUCCUGUAACGCUAUUCUCAAGCACUCCGAAUUUUUGGUACAACGCUAUCUUCUUUGGAGGGCCAGGAAAAUGUGUUUAAGAUAUGUAUCUACUGUUUUUCAGUUUGAGUUACAAAAAUAAAGUUGAUAUUCUGAAGUUAGAACAUUUUUAUGAGAUUUAACAGAGAUACAAG